AUGAAAAUAUAAAAGGACAUUAUUGGUGGGGAAAAAAAAAACCUAAAGGAAGAGGUGAAGAUAGUAUAGAGUAUAUAGACUAAAGGAGGAGAAGAAACAGCGACUUCUUCUCUUCCCUCUCUCUUCCUACGCACACUGAGUUUGUUUGUUUUCAGACAGAGAUAUGAGUCUCCCCAAAAGCCUCCAUUUUUAAUAUUAUUAUUGUUAUUAUUGUGUGUGUGUGCAUCUUCAAUUGCAUCUUUCUUUCUUUUUCCAUAAGGUGAUUUGCAAAAACACUUACUGCAAAGAGCAACAAAGAGAGAAGAAAAGAAAAGGAGAGAAAGAGAAAGAAAGAGAGACGACAGGAGACAGAGUGACAACACACAUAUAUAUACAGAGAGAGUGUAUGUGUGUGUGUGAGAGAGAGAGAGAGAAAGAGAGAGGGAAUUGAAGAAGAAGCUUUCAAUACCGCAGAAGGGAAAACGAUGUCUGAGAGCUUUACAUCCUUUCAUACUCUGCAACUCUAAUAAGAGAUUCGCUUAUGGUUCCGGCGCUGAUCCUCAACCGCUCAUCACUGAUCAACUCAAUUAUUGCAGAGUGGUAAUUUACAAGAGAGGGUGAAGGAGUAGUGGGUAAAAUUAAAUUAAAGUGGGUUGCAGACCAAAGAAAAAACCGAAGAUGAUGAUGAGCAAUAAUAAUAAUAUUUCAUCAUGGGAAUAGCAACACCGCCACCAUUUCCUUCCAUUCUCUCUCACUCAAAGACUAAUAACUACCAGCAGCACCAUUCUUUCACCAUAAUCGAAAAGCCUGAAGAAGAAGAAGAAGAAGAAUUAAACGCUUCCAAUUCUAUGUCCCAAGAUUACCACCACCACAAUCAAGGAAUCUUCACCUUCUCCAAUAAUGGGUUCGAGAGAUCCACACAGGUAACAAACCAAGAACACCAUCACCAACAUCAACACCACUUGGCUCAGCAAAUUCGGAGGGACAAAGUGAGGGUGCAAGGCUUCGAUCCACAGCAACCGCCUCCGGCACAGCCACCAACAGCCAUAAUUGGGAUAGAAGAAUCCGGAGGCAUCCCGGGGUAUGAAACUGCCGGGAUGCUAUCGGAGAUGUUCAAUUUCCCGCCGGUUGCAGAUGCUGCGGCCGGGGAAUUAUUGGAGCAGCCAAUGAUAGCGACGUUUCGUUCCCCAACAACGACGAGGUCAUUGGGUAGCGAUUGGUAUGCUGGAAACAGACAAGGGAUGAUAACCGGGUUGGGAGCGUUGGGAGAUAAUUCAAAGAAUAAUCAUAAUCAACAUGAUCAAAGUAAUUUGAAUAACGGUGACAGUGGUGUCAUAGUUCAUCAUCAACAACCACAGCAGCAUCAUCAUCAUAAUCAGAUUCCAAGCAUUAAUGCCGAUUCGGCUGCAGCCAUGCAACUUUUUCUCAUGAACCCACAAACCACCACCAGAUCACCUUCCCCUCCGUCGUCCCAUCACACCACACCCACUCCUCCUUCGUCUUCUUCGACGCUUCACAUGCUUCUUCCUAAUCCUAAUCCCAAUACUUCCGUACAAGGCUUCCAUGGCGGUGGUGGUACCUUCAACCAAUUCACAUGGGCCCCUGACAGUGCUCAAGAAGCUCAAGGCCUCUCUUUAUCCUUAUCCUCUUCGUUACAGCACCUGGAAGCCGCGAAAGCCGAGGAAUUGAGGAUGGGAGAAAGUGGUUUCCUCUUUUACAACCAAGGAGGUGGUGGUCCUUCAUCUUCCUCUUCUUCUGCUCAGUAUCCUUACAAGAAUCUCCCUAGCCAUCACCAACAACACCAAGCAUUGCAUAUUCAAGGAACGUCGUUGGGGCAGAAUCACCACCAAGGACCCAUUGGGUUUGGAUCAUCUUCGUCUUUGGGUCUAGUCAACGUCCUCAGGAAUUCCAAGUAUGUCAAGGCCGCUCAGGAGUUGCUUGAAGAGUUCUGCAGCGUUGGGAGGGGUCAGUUCAAGAAAAACAAGUUCACUAGGCAGCUCUCAAACCCUAGCUCCAAUCAAGGUGGCGCCGCCGCCGCUUCUUCAUCUUCGUCAAAGGAACUUCCUCCUUUGUCAGCUUCUGAUAGGAUCGAGCAUCAAAGGCGGAAGGUCAAGCUUCUCACCAUGCUUGAUGAGGUGGACCGUAGGUACAGUCACUACUGCGAGCAAAUGCACAUGGUGGUGAACUCGUUCGACCUGGUGAUGGGGUACGGGGCGGCGGUACCGUACACGGCGCUGGCGCAGAAGGCGAUGUCGCGGCACUUCCGGUGCCUGAAGGAUGCAAUAACGACGCAGUUGAAACACAGCUGCGAGGUUCUUGGAGAGAAGGAAGGGGUGGGGACGACGGGGCUGACGAAGGGGGAGACGCCGCGGCUGAAGAUGCUGGAGCAGAGCUUGAGGCAGCAGAGGGCGUUCCACCAAAUGGGGAUGAUGGAGCAGGAGGCUUGGAGACCCCAAAGAGGCUUGCCUGAACGAUCUGUCAACAUUUUGAGAGCCUGGCUAUUCGAGCAUUUUCUUCACCCGUACCCAAGCGAUGCAGAUAAGCAUCUCUUAGCAAGACAGACUGGGUUAUCAAGAAAUCAGGUAUCAAACUGGUUUAUUAACGCCAGGGUUCGUUUGUGGAAACCCAUGGUUGAAGACAUGUACCAACAAGAACUCAAAGAUGCAGAGGGUGCAACAGAAGAAGAAGACGACGAAGGAGAAAGCAACAACAAUAGUGGCAAUCAUGUACAAACUCCACUGCCACCAUCAUCAACAACUACAACACCACCACCACUUCAAUUAUCAUCGUCAACACCAACAAGUAAUAAUAACAACAAUGUUAAUAAAAGAUCAGAUAUUAUCAUCAAUGCCCAAGAUAGUGACCCUUCAUUAGCAGCAAUUAAUAGACAAGGCUUAGAAAUUCAAGCAAAGCAGCCAGCUACAAGUUCCACCGCCAACACCACCGUCACCCCACCUGUAGUGUCACAGUGUUUUGACUCAGAGCAGCUACUAAAUGAGGAUACGUGUGGCCACGGAAGCAUAGUGAGUGCAGAAUAUGGAAGUGUUGCUGCAAUGACUGAGAUAGGGUCUUCUUCAAGUACUCUCAUCAGGUUUGGGACAACAGCUGCACCCGGCGAUGUGUCACUCACGCUGGGGCUACGACACACUGGGAACAACUCCUUUCUCCAUUAGGAAUUUUGGAGCCAUUUAAGAAAAAACAAAGGAAACUUAAAGCUCGCCUUAUAUUAUUAAAAUUAUACUUCACAAUGAUGAUGAGUUGAUGAUAGUACACAUAGGAUAUGAGACUUUGUUAUAUAUUAUAUGAUAUUGUGAAAAGAAAACUAAAAAAAAUCAUUUUUCCCACUCA